AUGAUCUGCAUUAAAAGCUCGCCGCGGGGGUCUUCUAUUGUCCCUGUCAAACAAGAAACUAAUGCUUCUGCAGUAGGCGUGACACCUCGGCGUCACACUCCCUCCACCAAUUACUCAGGGUGCACGGUUACCAAGGAAACCAGUAGCACUCCCGAGACAUCUCACACGCCAUCGAAAUACCCAAACGCUGCAGGGGAUGCUGACGUACAUCUCAGCACACACGGCAGCAUCAGUAAAAACACUACCAACAUCAAACGUAAAAGAGACCAGGAUCAAGAAAUAGAGAGCAACUUAGCGCCCCGUAGCACAGUUAAUAUGAAGAACUCGCCGGCAAAUGCUUUGCUUGAUCGCACUGACAGCUCUACUAAACACAGGCAGUUUCGGGAUAUAGACAGAGGACAAUCUCUUAAUAGACGUACAGCUAGGGAGAGCAGUGUAGGAUUGCAUGAUGGAGACCCACAGACACAUAAGAAGCCGUCUGUAGUCGAGAGAACACAACGGCAAAGUUCGAUACAUACAGCCCCCGCACGUAUGGGGAGGUCUGACCGGGCCCAGUCUAUGGGACGUACACGUGCGAGUGAGGCUGUGCGUGGUGGUAACUAUGACAACAUACACAAUGCACGUGCAGAUACAGAGGACGCCCGAGCCCUGACUGACAUAUUGCACGACGAUGAUAUCGAUGCGUAUACACGAGGUUCUUCUGGUUUACACACAGCUAGGUCUCACAAAUCACAUAAUAGGGGCAGUCUUGGUGGGGUGCCAGGGCAACACACGCCGAUGUACACGACAGCUAGACCGUACUCAGACAGAGAGUACGUAGCCAGACUGGACCAUCAAGAGCGAGACCGAGAACGCCUCAGGAGCGCGGGAGCAAGCAGCGUGCACACGAGGGAGCGACGAUCAAUGUCACAGCGACCCAGUGACGCGUAUGCAAUGGAUGCUACUAGUAUGGGUAAUUCGCCUGUGACAAGCGCUAGUACAUAUGUGCACGGCAGUAGUGCGAGUGUGACCCGGUCAGCCCCAGCGAACACUCAUCCGUACAGUGAAGACGGCGACAGGAGCCAUUUUAUUAGAGUGUGGUUGGGUAAUGUCGAGAGCUUUGUGACUAACAAACUGGCACCCCUCCGCUGGCAAGGCGUAUGGCUGUGCGUAGCGCUGGCCUUGUUGGUGUUUGGCCUGAUGGGUCUGAUCCGGGGUCUAUACAACGAGGUUAUGGCCAAUGAUGGGGCCUUUUCCUCCGCCAAUAUCAAGAUCUACCUACAGGCGUGCCUGUAUCUAUCAGUUGUAGUGGCGGUGAUCGGAUGUGUCGUGCUCACAUACGAGAAGCUCAACAGCGCACGCGAGGAAAAGCUCGCGGAGAUACGCUACAUGUACCAGCAUGUCAUGACGAUUCUUGAACGUCAGGGCGAUGCUGUGCUGGUACACGUACGUGACGAGGUGUGCGAGUCCAGAUACGACCCUCUGUGGCCCGAUGUUGUUCGCCGAGUGAGCGCUGAUUCCCGCGUGCGCAGUCGCAAGGUGUGUGUGGGCGGGGUGGAGCAGCGCGAGUGGGUGUGGCUGGCCAAGCAGCGGAGAGGGGGCUCUAUGCUGCCGCUGAGCUCAGUGUCGGGAGAGGCACUCAAUGCGUCAGUGUUGAAUGCAUCGGCGUUGGGUCCUGCAACACCCCUGUGGUCGCUGAAUGAGUCUUCUGAUGCCCUGAAUGGGGCUACGGAGGGGCCUUUUGGCGGUGUUAAUGCUAGUUCUUCGCACGUGUCUGAGGACGUGAGUGCAGAAACAGGCCUGGGGCGCAACGGGGAGAAGGAAGGAGAGACCACCGGUGAUAAGAAUAAAGGUGCAAAAUCGACGAAUAGCGCGAAUAGUGCGGGAUUAAACAAUACACACACAGACCCAAGCACACACACAGAGGACGUUGCUAACAGUGCGCGUAAGCUCCCUUCGACGGGUAGCUUAACGCCAUCUUCGAGCUCACAGAAAGCCACACAAGCACAAGCACACGAGAACACGUGCGUGGCAAAAGACGAAGACCCGGUGGCCGAUGGAGCGUUCAGCACGAAUGCGUCCAUGGUGGACGAUAGUGCUGCGUGUUAUCAGGAUCCUACGAACAGCCUACUGGACGAUAUAGCGAUCAAUUGAAAGUGGGUUGUACUUAUUAUCAGGAUCAUACGAACAGCCUACUGAAUGGUAUAGAGAUCAAUUGAUAGUGGGUUGUACUUAAUAUCAGGAUCAUACGAACAGCCUACUGUAUGGUAUAGCGAUCAAUUGAUAGUGGGUUCUACUUAUUAUCAGAGAUAGUGGGUUGUACUUAUCAUCAGGAUCAUACGAACAGUCUACUGGAUGGUAUAUCGAUCAAUUGAUAGUGGGUUGUACUUGGUAUCAGGAUCCUACGAACAGCCUCCUGGGCGAUAUAGCGAUCAAUCGAUAGUGGGUUGUACUUAUCAUCAGGAUCCUACGAACAGCCUACUGGACGAUAUAGCGAUCACUUGAUAGUUGUUAGUAACGGACUGGCAGUACAUCGUCACGAAGUGACUACGAGAUGAUUUUGCUGUAAAUGGAGAGUAUUGUUGUUAGUGUUCCGGGUCUCGAUUGGCCUGGUGUUGGGCCGUGACUCUAUACCAUAAAUACCUACCAAAAUGCCCCGCAGGAUGCCCUGGGAGCUUAAAAGUUCUG